AUGUCCAGGAUCCUAUACGGUACUGUGAAAUACCGGGUCUACAAGAUCUCCGAUGAUGUCUUUACCUCAUCGCAUGACUUCCUGACCAAUCAACAGCACCACCCCUCCAACUUGAACACCGUUCAAUUCAACUCAAUCCCUUCCCUACUUACCUUCACUUCACGGUUACAUGCACCCUUCAACAAUCCCGUCGGACUCGAACGCGCGCUCGGAUGA